UCCUCUGCUUAGGGUGUUCCGUUUCGCAUAUUUGUGCUGUGGAACCAAAGCUUUGUAUGAUCUUCUUCUUCUUCUUCUUCAUCAUUUUCCAACACUUGUGACAUGGAGGCAACUGGUGGUAUUUGGGGUGAAGUUGAACGUUCUGAGAGCUACCUAGUCUGCUCUAUGUAUGAAGAGGCAGAGUCAUUAUCUUCCUCCAUACUUAAACAAAUACUUGGAAACAUCGAUGUUUUGUCUGAGGAAGCUCUUGGUGAUCAUCAGUUGUUUCAUGAUAUGUUGGAAUCUGCUGGCAUGGUUUUAGUCCAAUCCUUGCAUGGACUCGGCAGGACAGGUGAGAUUGUAACUGAGCUAAGACAAGUGUUUGGUGAAGUUGCAGCUAUCCCUCUUCAAGUUCUUCUCACUGGAAUAUGCCUUCAGAUAUCAAACGGUUCCUACUCUAGUGUACGUGAGAUUCUGGAAGACAACCACUAUAUCCUAGAUGAUGCUAAAGUAAACGCAAAAGGACUCCACGGGGAUAUAUCUUUGGGUAUUGAUGAGUACAUGGAAGCUGUGGAGCUCUAUACCUUUGGAGUUCUUGCAAAAGACACAAAGGACAUGGGCUUAGCCGUUUCAUGGGUUGAGAAAGCUGCAUUGCCUGAGGAAACACGACAGGGACUUUUGAGAAGACUGCAUUCUUUACUUUCUCUCAAAUCAGCAAACGUUCCAGAGGCUACUUCUUUUGAGGAGAAUUCUUCUUAUGAUGUAGUGAAUAACAACAAGUCUUUGGCUAAUGACGAGGUUGAUUAUGUCUUGAAACUCUCUAAGCAACAUGAACCUUGGUCGUCACGUCCUCUAAGCCUAAGGCUUGGUAACACCCGGUUUAGCAUCUCCAGGGGGAAAGUUGCCUUAAGCCUUGUUGGAUUAAUCAUAUGUUAUGCUUUGAAGAGAAAACGAGCUGCUUUAGUACGGAUCAUUCGCAGACAAAUGGAGUCCACGAAGAAAGCAAUUGUAGAUUUCUGGAAGCUUGCGUUUUCAUACCAAGUGAAUCCUCUUGCAGCUAUUCAAUCCAUACCAAGCACAACAACUUGAGGCAAGUUCACACAGUGUAGAAGAUGGUCAAAGACCUAGUUUUGAAUUGAAAUAAAGCUGCAUCCUAUUUUGUUACUCAAAAUUGUGUUGUAUAAUCAGUAGUUACAUACUCGGUUUUGUCUAAAAAAUGUCACUAGCCGCGAUGUAUUUGGUGGUGCUUCCAUACUCGGU